AUGAAAAGGACUUCGUCCAUUGAUAAUAUUCUUGAAGAGAAUAUAUAAAAAGAUGAGUAGGAAUUGAUUUAUGCUCCUGAAGUUGAUCCAGAUGACCCAAAGAGUACCUAAACAUUUGAGAUUUCAACUAAUGUUAGUGGCAGUGAAACAGAAUAGCUUAUUAAAGAAUACAAAAGACUUAGCUCUUAUAUCCCAAAACUCAACUACGAUAACUUAUAAGAAGUCGAAGAUCUCCGUGUUGAUUUAAGCAUGCUAUAACAUCGCAUCGAACAAAGCAUUGAAUACUCUAAGAGCAGUAAGGACACUAAUGUUAAAAAUAAAUAAAAGUAUCUAGAAAAACUUUAUCAAGAGAUUAGUGAGAAAAUAGACACUAUGAAGAAGUAAAGCUCUUCUGAUGAUGCUUAUAGCAGCGGGGAAGAAGUUCCUGUUUAGAGCUUGAGAGAAAUAGAUAUCAGUGAUAAUACUACUAAGCCAUCAAAUAAAGGUAAAAAUCAAGUAUAAACUCAGGUAGGAAGUUAAGAACCCAUAACCCAACGUUCAUUCUUCGUUAAAGAAGAGCGCCUAAUUUAAGCAGAAGAUAGACAAAUUGAGUUUAAGCACUACCGUUACCCCUUUUCUAAAGAGUGCAAGGCAAUCAUCCUCAAGACAAUUGUAAGCAUGCUUAACACGCACGGUGGUACUAUUAUGAUAGGUGUUAGAGAUUAAGAUCUCAGUGUAGUUGGUAUAAAUAUCGAUUAAAAGUAAAAAGAUGAAAUCAUUCUCUAAAUAAAUCAAAUGGUUUAGAACGUUAUACCUGCUGUCAAUGAAGAAAUUCAAGUUGAUUACAUUCCUGUCAAAUUUAAAUGGGGCAAAUGGGCUUCUAAAACUUGGAUAUGUAGAAUUUCUAUUUCUUAAGGCUAAUUAGAUCGCUUUUAUUACAUAGAAGACUCUUCUGUUCACUCAUAUGUAAGAUACUAAGCAAUGUGCAAGACAGUAAAGCUAAAAGAAAUAAUUAACUUCACAUAUGAAAGAGCUAAGUUCCCUCGUGAAAAGUAAAUUAAGAUAGUUUAUGCUAAACCAGAUACUGACGGAGUUAAGAAUUGUAAUAUGGAAUAGGAUGCUAUUGAUAAUUUAUAGGAAUUAGAUUAGCAAAAGCUUUAUGACAAUAAGAUAAUUUUCACAGAUAUUUAAGAAGGUUUUUAUGAAAAAUUAAGAAAUUUCUUAGAUGAAAAACUGCAAGAAGAAGAAUUAGAUUAUGUUAUAAUAGAUUAAAAGAAGCAUGUUGUUUUGUAAUUUGAAAACAUUGAUUCUACCAAAAGAGCUAUUGAACUCUUUAAUUUAGAAAAAGAUCGCUUUGUCUAUGAAUUAAGACACCAAUACAAUUUCAAAAAAGUACUUAUGGGAGAUAUCGUAAAGAGUAUUGUUGUGAAAAACGAAUAUACCUUUAUAAUCGAUCAUAUUGACACUUCAAAACGCGAUUCCUUCAUUCUUUACUUAUCAGAUUGGUUAAAGGAGCAACAAAUUAAGCAUAUUUGGUUGAAUUUCAAAUUGUAUUUAGCUCUUUACGUUCUAGAAACUGAAAAGGUUUCAAAGUAUCUACUUGAAAAGAAAGAAGAAAUUGCAAAUUAGUUUGGAUUCCACUAAAAGGUAUUCUUUGGAUUCUGUCGCGACUACAUCAUCAUUAAAAAUAUCUAAUCGAAGACAGAUCUAAAGAAAAGACUUAUCACACUUCUCAAAUAUAUUCCAUACAAAGCCCUUGUUGAGAAAGAUGGAACUACCAUCCAUGUUAAAUGUAAGGACUUUUACGAUUUACUUAUUGCAUUUGAUAGAAUUAAGUCUGCCUACAUGAAUGGUGAAUUCUCUAAGUUUACAGACCACAGCAAGAUUAAAGUUUUCUUAGGCUUUGAUAGAUAUAUAGAAUGA